AAGAAGUAAUGUGCGCGCGCGGCACCGAGAGCAAGGAAGUGGCAGGGCUGCUGGAGAGCGCGCUCUUGAGCUAGGCGGAAAAAGCGUGUGGAGGGGCGAGGGGCGGAGAGAGAAGCCAGACUAAGCCUGUGCAGCAGUCACCUCUCUGCCUCCCCCAUUUCCUCCGCCUCUCUCUGUUUCCUUUCUCUCUCCCCACCCCCAUCCCUCGCCCUGUACAUCUCUUCUCAUUCCUCUUGCUGGCAAUUUACCUACCUUCGUAUUCUUUCCAGAGGGGUAGCCCUCUCAUUCGAUUGCAGCAAAACCAGCGAAGAGCCUUGUGGCUCCUUAAAGAUUAUUAGUAUUUCAAGUGACACAAGACUUCUCCUUGAUGUUGCUUUCUCUCUCUCCCCCGCCCCUCCUCUGGCUUUCUUGUGGCUUCAAACCAUCUCUUUUCUUCUAGCCAUUCUCAUAGUUUCACCUCCUAUCUUAACCCUUUCUGUAGAAAAGCUGCACAGUCUUGUCUCACCUAGGUAGCAGCAGGCCUAAAGCCAACCAGGCUUGAUCUUUAGGAAGCUAUGGCCUUGCAACUGCUUUCCCUUGGGAUGCCAUGUUCUGUUCAUUUGCAUUGUCUCUUUUCCAUCCCUGAUUUUUGCUGAGUGUGUAGUCCCGUAUGGAUUUGACAGAAACAAGUUUUGGGGAACCUGGUAGACUGCCUCCCCCUUUGCAAGAAGACAUCUGUGCUGAUGGUUCUGGUCUUGCCAAGUGCAAGCAUCCAACUGCUUCAUCUCCCCUUCUGGACAUGCUUCCAAUGCAGUCUGUUGCACCCUUGAGUAGGGCAAUAGGAGAAAACAGGAUUCAGGUGUCUGUAAUUCUGCCAGUUUACAAUGCUGAGUGCUGGUUGGAUGAAUGUUUGAAAUCUGUUCUGGAGCAAGACUUUCAAGGUUCCAUUGAACUCUCUGUUUUUAAUGAUGCUAGCACGGACAAUUCGAUAAAUAUAAUAGAAAAAUGGAAGAUCCUGUUGGAAGAAGUAGGCAUUCAGGUACUCAUUGGAGGACAUCAUUCAUCUCAGCCACGAGGAGUGGGCUUUGCUAAAAAUCGUGCAGUAGACCAGAGCUCGGGGAUCUAUCUGUGCUUUCUGGAUUCUGAUGAUGUGAUGAUGCCCCAGAGAAUAAGGUUGCAGUGGGAAGCUGCUAUUCAACAUCCCAAAAGUAUUAUAGGUUGCCAGGUUCGGAGAGAGCCAGCAGAGGCAACUGAGCGAUACACUCGUUGGAUCAAUAAUCUAACAAAUGAGCAGCUAACAACUCAGAUUUUUACUUCCCAUGGGCCAACUGUAAUUAUGCCAACUUGGUUUUGUUCCCGUGAAUGGUUUUGUCAUGUGGGCAGAAUGGAUGAAGGGGGAAAGGGUACCCCAGAAGACCUGCUGUUCUUUUAUGAACAUAUAAGAAAAGGCGGUGGAGUCUUUCGCGUUGAUCAGUGCCUUCUUCUGUACCGUUACCAUCCACAAGCGGCAACACAUUCAGUUCUAGAGGGAACCAUCUGGACGUACCGUGCCUUGUUUCUGGAUGAGAGAGUCCUCAGAUACUGGACAUCUUUCACCAUUUGGAAUGCUGGCAAACAGGGCAGGAAGCUCUUUAGGAGUUUAUCUCCAACUAAUCAGAAAAAAGUGGUUGCAUUUUGUGAUGUGGACAAAAAUAAAAUCGAAAAAGGAUUUUACACUUACGAAGAAUCUAAGGAAAACCCCAAACCUAGAAUCCCAAUUCUCCAUUUCAGGGAUGCUUCCCCUCCUUUCAUUAUUUGUGUGAAAUUGGAUCUGACAGGUGGACAGUUUGAGGAAAACUUGAACCUGUUGAAACUGAAGGAAGGAGUGGAUUAUUAUCAUUUUAACUGAAGGUUGUGAUGCACUGGAAAGACUACAUUGUUAAACCAGAAGAUACAUGAGUUGCAAUGGUUGCAGUGUUAAUAGAGGAUAUCUGCUUUAUUUAGGAAUUCUUCCCUCAAGAUUUGUAUUAAUAAAUUCAGAGGUUAAAUGGUG